UAAUGCUCCAUUUUCAACCAUGAAUUCUGGGUUGACAUUGGGAUUUGGGGCCAUGGAGUUUUUAUCCUCUUUUGCAUAUAUUUUUCUGAGCUCAGGAAGGAAGUAUGUUUGUGGUGACAACAGAGAACUGCAUCUGUGUUGGGUGUAUACAUGUGUGUAUAUGUAUGUAUUAGAAUUUUAGUGAUAUUUAUGUAUCAGAAGACUUCUAACAUCGUGUUGUAAGUUUUUAAGUCAGAUAAUACCCAGGUAGCUCAGUGCUAGCUGAGUUCCUUAAUUAGGUGUACCCCAUGUAUGGAUUGGUAAUGGACAGGAGCUAGACAGGUGCAAGGGGUGCAGGUUGGUCAGGGCUGGAUUAAUGGGGCUGGCAGGACUCCAGUUGGCAUCCUUGGGUAUUUCCCUCAUGCCAAAGGCUUCCCUGGGUACUGGGCAUUUUAGAAUGCUGGGUGGCAGACAGAACUGUUGUAGAGAUCGGGAAGGCCAACUGCAAAGGAUACAUAGUAGUAGGCAGUAGGAUACAGAAGAACCCAGUGACACUGUGGCAGGACACCUCAGGGACAUGACACAUCUUCGUGCAGCUGUUCUGUGCAGUUACUGCUGGUAGACCUGUUUGCCCCAAGGAGUCAAGUUCAUGUUGCAGGAGUGGCUGGCAGGUUGAUGUGUCUUUCAGGAGGAAGAGUUUCUGGGGAAGGAUGUCAUGGAGACCCCAGACAGUGGACACAAGACUGUAGGAUGGCCUGAGCUAUGGCAGUGGAGAGGGAUGAGGCUGGACUGGAGUCUGCCAUGUCUUGACCGACAAGGAGGCGUCCUAGACCUAUGGGACUUGCAGCUUCUUUGCAAAGGGAGAAAGAAGUGACCACAGUGACUGUGGCCAACGUGGGGUCCUCUGCAGAUAACGUCUUCACAACAUCAGUGGCAAAUGCAGCCUCGAUAUCAGGACAUGUCCUGUCUGGUAGGACAGCCCUGCAGAUCGGGGACAGCCUGAACACUGAGAAAGCUACACUAAUAGUUGUACACACAGAUGGGAGCAUUGUGGAGACCACUGGGCUGAAGGGCCCAGCAGCACCUCUCACUCCAGGUCCUCAGUCUCCUCCUACCCCACUGGCACCUGGCCAGGAGAAAGGUGGUACCAAGUACAACUGGGACCCUUCAGUGUAUGACAGCGAGCUGCCUGUGCGCUGUCGGAACAUCAGUGGCACGCUCUACAAGAGUCGGCUCGGCUCAGGUGGCCGGGGGCGGUGUAUCAAGCAGGGAGAAAACUGGUACAGCCCAACCGAGUUUGAAGCCAUGGCAGGAAGAGCCAGCAGCAAGGACUGGAAGAGAAGCAUCCGCUAUGCAGGCAGACCCCUGCAGUGCCUCAUCCAGGAUGGUAUUUUGAACCCUCAUGCUGCCUCCUGCACCUGUGCUGCCUGUUGCGAUGACAUGACUCUAAGUGGCCCUGUCAGGCUCUUCGUCCCCUAUAAAAGGCGCAAGAAAGAGAAUGAGCUGCCCACGACUCCAGUUAAGAAGGAUUCCCCCAAGAACAUCACGCUGCUCCCUGCCACGGCGGCCACCACCUUCACUGUGACACCCUCAGGACAGAUCACUACCUCUGGAGCACUAACCUUCGACCGAGCAUCCACUGUGGAGGCCACUGCUGUCAUCUCUGAGAGCCCAGCCCAAGGGGAUGUCUUUGCAGGAGCCACAGUGCAAGAGGCAGGCGUGCAGCCCCCCUGCAGGGUUGGCCACCCUGAACCCCACUACCCUGGCUAUCAGGACAGCUGCCAGAUCGCCCCAUUUCCAGAAGCUGCAUUGCCAACAUCACAUCCCAAAAUUGUCCUGACAUCGCUGCCCGCCUUGGCCGUGCCGCCCUCCACCCCCACCAAAGCUGUCUCUCCCACCGUGGUCAGUGGGCUGGAGAUGUCAGAGCAUCGGAGCUGGCUGUACCUGGAAGAGAUGGUCAACUCCCUCCUCAACACAGCCCAGCAGCUGAAGACGUUGUUUGAACAAGCCAAGCAGGCGAGCUCUUGCAGGGAAGCUGCUGUGACCCAGGCGAGAAUGCAGGUUGAUGCAGAGAGGAAGGAGGACUGGAAAGACCAUCAGCAUGUAUGUGGCCAGUCAGCGUCUGUCACUGUCCAGGCUGAUGACGUCCAUGUUGAAGAAAGUGUGAUAGAAAAAGUUGCUGUCUGAGCCAGGCUUCUCCCUGAGCUCUACUGAGAAGCCAUCACAGGCUUAGGCUCUGACUUUAGGGGCUGCUGAGAAGAGGGCCCUGGGAAACUUGCCGGACAAGUUAUUAACAGACUGUGCCCUUGGAAACAAACUCCUGCCAGAGACCAAGGAACACUGGCAGCUUGCAGGAUGGGGCACUCUGCCACAGCCCAGGGUCCUCUGCCUAUCACGGUGCUCUUUCUUCCCUGGAUCAUGAGUGUCCCACUACCCUCGGGGUGCCCUAGCCACGUGUACAUACCUGUUUUAUCUGUUAAUAAAGAUGUAAAUAAAGCUCCCACCCCACA